UGACACGAUGAGGAAGCAUCUGGGCGGAUGCUGGCUGGCCCUCGCCUGCGUCCUGCUCCUCAGCCCGCUCUCCGCCGUCAAGGCGCGAGGCAUCAAGCACAGGAUCAGGUGGAACCGGAGGCCCCUGCCAAGCGCCUCGCAGGCCACCGAGGCCUACACGGCGGAGCUGCGCCCCGGCGCCUUCAUCAAGCAGGGCCGGAAGCUGGAUAUCGACUUCGGAGCAGAGGGCAACAGGUACUAUGAGGCCAACUACUGGCAGUUCCCCGACGGGGUGCAUUACGAUGGCUGCUCGGGGGCCAACGUGACCAGGGAGAAGUUUGUCGCCAGCUGCAUCAAUGCCACCCAGGCAGCCAACCAGGAGGAGCUGUCCCACGAGAAACAGGACAACAGGCUUUACCAGCGGGUCCUGUGGAGGCUGAUCAGGGAGCUCUGCUCCAUCAAGCGCUGCGAUUUGGGGUCGGAAAGGGGAGCAGGACUUCAGGUCACUGUGGACCAGCCCAUGAUGCUCUGCCUGCUGGUUUUCACUUGGUUUGUUGUGAAGUAAGCUGGCAAGCAGGCUGACACGCCACCAGCAAGUUACCCCGGUUCCUGUCCCCCAGCCCCAAAGCCCCACAUGUUCUGAAGGUACCAAAGAGCAGUGAUUCUUCAGCGCUUCAAACAGCACUCCCCAGCAUUCACUCACUCGGGUACUUGAUUGUUCCGGAGAAAUGCGCAGGCAUCAAUCCCCUCCAGGCUCUGCCUGAGGGUGGCUUGUUCAUCACCCCCAUUCUCGGCUCCUGGUGGAGUGCCUGGCACCGUAUUAUGCAAUAAAUGUUUGGUAAGGAGAUAAAAGAAUGUACCAGGGACCUGCCAAGCACUUCACGACCCUUCCCAACAACUCUUAGAGGUAGGUGUUACUCCCAUUGUAUAGAUGAAGAAACUGAGGCUCCAAGAGGUAAAGUAGGAAAGCAGGUAGAAAGUGGCAGAGCCGUAGUUCGACCCUGGCUUGCCUAAACCCAGACUUCCUGCUCUGGACAGUCCUCCUCUGGGGAGUAUGAAGACUGACGCUGAUGGCCAUGUAUUUGAUAGCUUGUUACAUGGAAGUUAAGUAUUUAAUUCAUUUAACUAAACUAAGAUAUAAUAAAGGAAUUAAGCUAAACCAGAAAUAAAAGCUAGACAAAGUCCCCUAAUUCCUUGUAAGGAAGUACUGCCAAGCAGAUGACCCAGGGGACGAGGUCUGUAGUGGGGUGUGCCUAUGGCACAAAGAUUGCUUUUCACAAGAAGUAUAAAUAUUUGCUGUUCCCAUCCCUGAAACAGUCCAUGUAUUUAAGAAACUAUUUCUAAAUGCCAUGUUGGCUUUCUAAUGUUCCUCCAACCCUGUGCUCAUAUUUUUAGAUACACGCAUAUGAGCAUCUUUAAAUAGACUCCCUUACACAGGUACUCCGCACGACCUCUAACCGUUUCCUCACUGCCACUUUGGCAGGGGGUCAUCAUUUCUGUGAGUCCCUUAUUGCUUCAAAAAAAUAAUUCCCCAAAAGAAAGAUUAAAAGGAAACUAUUUCUUUAGGGAGAUCAGAGAGGUCCUGCAUGCUGCAAUCAAGAGCAGAUACACCUCUUACUAUUUAUUAUUUGUUAAACUAUAUAUGUUACAAAAUAUGAAUACAGUUUAAACAAAAAAUAAUGAAGCUAAUGCUCUAAGAUGCCCGCACAGGCCCUCUGGGGGUACGCUCAGAGACCCCACCAAGAAUUGUGGAACCAUAUUUGGAGAUGAAAGCUGCUGAAUAUCAAUUGUCUGUAAGAGGGGGGAAAAUGUGCGUUGUCAGACAAUUUAUCAGAAGCAUUUUAAAACGUGAGCUUUGAUAAUGGUACCUCUUGUUCUGAGUCUCUGCUACUCUCAGUGUUCUUCUCAAGGAUACAUUUGGAAGGUUUGAACACAGAAAGCGGGUGGAGGACGCGAGGGUGGGUGGAGCCGGGGGAAGCCGCCUUCCCUGCCCCGACUCAGCACAGGAGGAACACCUCUCUGUGGUUUCGCACGGUUCUCUUCCACAGUCCCGGUAAAUUCUAGAUCAGAGACCAGGACUAAAGUGCAGAACACAUACAGCUCAUUUCUCCCAAGUCAAGCUUUUUAAACAUAAUAGCAAAAUCAGUAAAGACAGAAAGAACACGUACUUAUAGGCUGAUGUCUACAUUUCAAGUCCCAGCUCUCCUGAGCUUUCUUCAAGGGCGCACACAGCCACACAAGCAAAACGACUUCAUUUCUUAUGUGAAAACACUCAGGCCAUGAUGCAGUACGUUUUCUAUCAUUGCUGUCUUUUCUUAUUUCAUUAAUAGUUUCAGAAAUUAGAUUCAAUUGGGCGUGUUAGUGGAUGGGGACACAGUGAUUCAAAUGCAAAAUUGAUUUAGGAAGCUUUUAAUUGAAUCUGUAUGUGCCGGAACAUUCUUGCUUAUGUUUGUGAAUUACGAGAUCAAGUCACGGUGUCGCGAGUCUAGUUUUUCAAUGUAGCCAAGGGUUGUCAAGUGCCUACUAUGUUCAAGACCUUGUGAGAGGUUUCUGAAUUAUUCUUGACAGAGUCGUUUUAAAUGGGAAUAAUCUCAUCAACUGUUGAUUUCUUGUCCCUUCUGAGCACUCAGUUUUUUAAAGGGAAGUUUAUUGUAAAAGUGACAUUAAAAUUACAACAGAUAGCUGAAACAAAACAUUAUCCACAAUCCCAGCAUCUGAUUAAGUCAGUGUCCUAUAACCUCCUGUUCCGUACCAUUUCCAUAUAUAAAUGUACAUAUUUGCAGUGAUAAUGUAAAUGAGAUUUUAUAAUCUAAAUUUUGGCUCAACUUCUCUGCUCUUUUCAUUUUACUAUGAUUUGGGAUUCUUACCUCCCCUUUUGCCUUCCCCAACCCACCCUCCUCCCUGCCUGAGAUGUAGCCACACUUUCAUUGUGCUCAGAUAGAUAAGCGAGAGCUUUUAGUUUGAUUACGCCUUUAAAAAAUACCAUAACCAUAUACCUCACUUUUAUUCCUCUGCAGUUUGCCUCUCUAACUUAACACGGCAUCGUGACCCUCUCCCCAGUGCCACCACUAGCUAGUUAGCUAACUUGUCCUUUUCGAAUGCUGCAUAAUACGCCAUAUCAUGAAAUAGACCUUGAUUGAUGUAAUCAUUUGUUGAUGGACCUUCAGGUUGUCUCCAGUUUUUCGCCACUGCAAACAAUAAACACCC